AUGUUCCAGUGGCAGAUCGGGAAGAGUCAACUUUCCAAGUCUUCAAGAGAGAAAUGUUCUCUACGUGGAAAAGGAGAUUGAGGAAGCGAGGGUGCGGGGUGAAGCUGAUGACUACGAAGUGAGUUACAGUCGCUUGGCUCUGGGCAGACAGAUCGGCAAAGGCGCCUUUGGACGUGUUUUUCUGGCCAGGGCUGAGGCUAUCGCUGGUAUUCCAGGCAGCAUUGUGGUGGCCGUCAAGAAACUGAAACACAAGGCGACUUGUGACGAGGUGGAAGAGUUCCUGGCGGAGAUAGCCAUGAUGAAGAAGGUAGGUCGACAUCCACACAUAGUCACCAUGGUGGGGUGCUGCACCCUCAAGCAACCCUUCUGUAUGGUGAUGGAGUACGUACCUUGCGGUGAUCUGCUAGCCUACCUGCGCCAUCUUAGGGACCAGUCCAGACCCGUGCUACAGUCAAGCGCCCUAUCUAGGGUGUCCGCAACGUCAGAUGCCUCCUACAUCACGCCCAUCCCCACCACGAGCUGUGUAUCUAGCACUCAACCCUCCACACGUUGCAGCAACGUGAGCAGUUUAAUUCUAGACAGCACGAAUCUAGAAUGUGAACUAGACCCCAGGGAACUGCACAGCUUCGCCACACAGAUCGCCAGAGGCAUGGAAUACCUGGAGAGCAAACAGAUAACACACAGAGACUUGGCUGCCAGAAACAUCCUGAUAGACGAGAAGAGGUCCUUGAAGAUCUCCGACUUCGGACUGUCGAGGACCGGGAUCUACGUAAACACCAAGAGACGCAAGGUGCCGCUGCGGUGGUUGUCGGUGGAGGCGAUGAGAGACAGCCUCUACUCUAGCAAGAGCGAUGUCUGGGCCUUCGGGGUCGUCCUCUGGGAAAUCGGCACCUUGGGAGGAUUUCCCUACCCCACAGUGUCUGACCAUGAGCUGUUACAGUAUCUUGUCUCAGGCAAACGUCUGGAGCAACCUGAAAACUUUUCCGAUGAACUGUACACACUAAUGGAGAUCUGCUGGAGUCUCAGCGUAGACGAACGUCCAACCUUCAAGGAAAUCCUGUUCCAGCUGGACUCCAGCGUGUACGUCGAGUUCCGGCCUGGUCACCAGUUCCCGCCAACUCAACAAACCUCUUCAUCUACUAUUUCUACUGUCACCACUCUUGUAUAA